GGAAGCUCACUGACUCGCUCCAUCUUCAUCUGUUGUUCUUCUGCCCGUCUAUCCAAGUCGCAAUCAGUAGCCUCUGUUCGACUGUUCCCGUGCCGCCAUGUACUCGAUUGAGCUGAGCUGAGCUGAACUGAACUGACGCGCAUGACCUAGCCAGUCAGUCACCAAGCAAUUCGAUCUCCGUCUACAGUUUUAGAAUUACAGUCAUAGUGGUUUCUGCUGAUGAGGCAGAAACUGGUGGGACUGCUUUCAGUUCUAUCCGCCGUUUUCAUCGCCGCCGCCGCAUCAUCUCAGUCGUCGGCCUUCGACCGCGAUCAGGACCGCCUUGAGAGAUGGCAUGUUCUCGACAGGCACAAUUACUCUUCUCAGAUCAGAAUCCAUCCCAAAAUCCUCCUGCUCGUCUCCGUUCCAUGGUCCGGCGAAUCGAGGUCCUUGAUGCGGGAAAUAGCCGAUUUAGUCGCCGGAAAGCCGGACGAAUUCGGCAGCCUCGAGUUGAUGUAUCUGCAGAGGAACAAGGAGAAGAUGCUCGCCGAUGCGAUUGGUGCCGUGGAGGGAAGAGUGACGGUCUUCUAUCUCCAUCACUCCGUGCCUUACAAGUAUCAAGGCAGGCUUCGAGCAGGGAAUGUUCUGCGCUCGAUUCGUCCCUAUUUGUUGCCUGAUCCUGAAGAAAUUCCUAUCACGGAGCUGAAGACGGAGGAUGAGCUGCGGACGUUCGCUGGAUCAACAGAUAAGGCAGUGCUUCUCAUGGAGUUCUGUGGAUGGACGCGUAAGUUGCUGGCCGGCGGUAAUAAGAACGAGACUACUCGUAGUGGUUUGCGAUUGCAAGGGGAUUUUGCUGGCGCAAAUGGAGAAAGUGAGAAACUACCUAUCUCCCUAGGAAAGGAAAACCAGAAGGUGGCUGGUGAAGAGAAGGCAGCGUUGACAUGUGGUAGCGAAAGUGCAGUCACCGGAAUUCCUUCAAUUGGAGAAUUCAGCUCUGGAAAUGACAGCCUUACUCACCAGGAGGAUGAGUACGGGGAUGCUGAGAAUGCGAGAUCAGGAACUGGAUUGACUUGUACCUAUGAGCAGUUUCAAAAGUUCGAUGCAUUCUUCUCAAAGUUCAUGGCUGUGGCAAGAGAGUACUUUCUGCCUCUCGAAAAGCAUAGAUUCGGUCUUGUUUCAGAACGAUCGUUGCUUUCCUCUCUUGGUAUUGGAGACUCGGGUUCCUGGGUUGUGAUGCUUUCUUACAAUGGAUGCCAAAGUUGUUCAAGGAUCCUGAGGGACAAUGAUGACCUUGCGAGUAUUCUGCAGUCAGAAAAGUGUAUUGUUACUGAGCUGGAAGGCAAUGGGGAGGAUGUUGAUCCUGCAUUACCAACAAAUAAGCCAUCAGUGCUCCUCUUUGUGGAUAGGUUAUCUGAUUCAUCAGAAAUCAGAAGAAAGAGUCGGGAAGCUCUUCAACAGUUCAGAGACCUAUCAUUUCAUCUUAAAGUUUCAGAUAACAUGAGCUAUCAAACGAAUGAGAGGUCCGAAAGAUUGUCCAACCGAGGACUUCAAAAACUGCACGUUCCAUCAUCAGGCCAUCCUGCAUUGAAGCUGUCUCCAACAGUGCAGAAAAUGAAACGAAGAGAGAAGAUGUCAAUCAUGGUCUUAAAUGAUGCUAACCAUGGUAGUUUGGAAAACUUGCAGGUAGAUUUGCAAGGCAAAUCGUUGCAAGAGAUAAUAAAGUAUGUCCUUCAGCAGAAGAAGGAGGCAACACUGAGCUCAGUUGCAAAAGAGGCUGGUUUCCAACUGCUGUCUCAGGAUCUCAGCAUUAAGACAGCUGACUCAUUGCCUUCAGAGGGUCAGGCAGACGCAAACCAAGAUUCAUCAAAAUCUUCUCAGGACAGUCCCAUCAGAACAUUAAUCAAUCUGAAUGAGGUUUCAGUUUUAAGUAAUGAGGAACCAUCGAGUGACGCCGAACAUUCUCAUUUUGAGGAGAACCCAGCCUAUCUGUUCACAUCUGACAAGCCUAUAAGACUUGAUCGACUUGUAUCAGAUGUUGGAAUGUCAGCACAAGAAGGCAUAAAACUAGAAGGGGAUGAGGUUUCAGCUUUCAGUAUUGAGGAAACAUCAAGUGAUGUGGAAUCUUCUCAUGGCGAGGAGAGGCCAACUUAUCUUCUCACAUCUGAACAGCCUACAAAACUUGAUCAACUUGUCUCAGAUGUUGGAAUAUCAGAAUUGAAAGGCAUAAAAUUAGAGGAGGAACAGUCUCUCAGUUUGGACUCGUUGGCGGAAGAACAGCAAGAAGUUGAGAAUUUCCCUGGUUCUUUUUCAUUUUCUGAUGGGAACUACAGGUUGCUAGAGGCCUUGACUGGGGAGACUAGAAUUCCUUCCUUAGUAAUUAUUGAUCCUGUUUCACACCAACACUAUGUGCUUCCUGGAAAUAUAGAUUUCAGCUAUGCCUCGGCAGAAAGUUUUGUUAACAGGUUCCUGAAUGGGAGUCUUUUCCCCUUCCAACUGUCUGAGUCUGAACCUGCAAGCCCUAGGGAAGGUUCCCACCCGCCUUUUGUUAAUCAAAAUUUCCAUGAGGUAGACUCUAUCCCUCGGGUUACAGUUCACAGGUUCCAUGAAAUGGUCAUUGGUUUCAAUCAAUCUGAUGGUGAGAAUGCGGUUGGUGCCUCCUGGAAUGAAGAUGUGUUGGUCCUUUUUAGCAACAACUGGUGUGGAUUCUGCCAGAGAAUGAAUUUGGUUGUUCGUGAAGUUUUUCGGGGCAUAAAAGGAUGUAUGAAUGUGUUGAAGAUGGGAUCUACGGCCAAAGACACAAUUCUCAGUGACACAUCUGAGACGAAGUUUCCAAAAGUCUUCUUAAUGGACUGCACAUUGAAUGACUGCAGUUUGACCUUGAGAUCAGUGGGCAUGAGAGACGUCUAUCCCACUCUUUUGUUGUUUCCUGCAAAAAGUAAAGUGGCUGUCCCGUAUGAAGGAGAUGCAACAGUGAAUGAUAUCAUUGAGUUCAUAGUUAACCAUGGCAGCAAUUCGGAGCAUCUAACCAGUGAGACCGGAAUUUUAAGGAGCGCAGCCAGAAAAGGACGCAAAGUUCAGCAGUCAGGCAAGGAUUCAUCAGCAACAACCAAACUUCAUGACAAGGAUGCCUAUGUCGAGUCCCAGGAGGUCAUAUUGAAACACCAAGCACCAGAAGAAGCCGCAGCCUGUAGCGAGACUGAAUCACACACUUCCAGGCAUUCCAGCAAUUCUGCCCCUCCCCAUGUGGUCAUCGGCACAAUCCUCUCCGCCACGUCAAAGAUCACUUCCCAGCCAUUCGACGACUCACGAGUGAUCAUAGUUGCAGCCGACGAGGGUGCAGGAUACUUUCAGGGCCUAAUGUACAACAAGCCCCUACGGUGGGAGGCCGUCCCCAGCCUGGAAGAAGGGUUGAAGGAAGUGCUGAAACAGGCUCCUCUUUCAUUUGGUGGUCCACUCGUGAGAUCCGGACUGCCAUUUGUCGCUUUAACAAGAGCAGGAGGACCUAGAGAUGGUCAUCCACACUGGCCUGAGGUUGCUCCGGGGGUCUACUUUCUCGAUCAGCAGAGCACUGUCAAAGAAAUCGAAGCGAUCAGAUCAGGAGAUCGUGAAGUAUCGGAUUACUGGUUCUUCCUGGGGUUUUCGAGCUGGAGCUGGGAACAGCUGUUCAACGAGAUCGCGGUGGGUUCCUGGGAUGUUCACGAGAAGGGCAUUGAGCAUCUGGAUUGGCUGUCGUAAACCCAGUUUCUGUUUGUUCACGAGAAGGUUUUAGUUUAGAAGAAUCAUUUUCGUGACAUAAACCAUAACAUUUUCUUUUGGGUUUAGCCGUGGAUUUAAAUUAAUGGCGUUUGCAGUAGAGGUGGCAGUUCGAUUCAGUUAACCUAACUAAAAAAUCAUUAGAAACUGAAAUCUGAAGUAGCCAUUGUCCCAAAACCGGAACUGAUAAGCACUUAACGGUUUCAAUUU